CUCUGCUCUGGGGAAGGGGGGGGGGAUCAUCCGGGUCCUCACAACCUCGCGAUGCUUGUUUGUUUUGCGACUCAGCGGCCCCUCCCUCCUGCGGUCGUCACGGCUCCGUGCAGGGCUUUGGGAACACUGCGCAGGCGCCGUCCUGUCCGUAACCUGGUCACCUUGGCGAGUUAGGCUGAUUUCCAAAAGACACUCCGCCUCCGUCGGCUCUUCUCUCUCCCAGCCCCUAGCGGGUUUGGGGACCAGGCAAACACCCCGUGUAGCGUUUGGCUCCCUCCUCCAACUGUUCGCGCCAGCCCCUUAUCCCGCCGAAGUCAAAGUCAGACUUCGGGGCCAGAAGUCUGGGAAAGCCGUAGUAGUCUGGCUGCCUGUUUGGUGUCUGGUAGUGAGUUCUCGGUGUCUGGAGGUAAUUAAGCAAAGACUGGAAUUUGUCGGUGGUGCAGUAUACGCGAUUCCUGGAUCGUGUAAUAAAUAACCUCUUUAAAAAGCCUGUUUUAACCCUGAAAAGUAUGACGCUACUGUGGAGUUUGGGUGGAGAACAGAAAGCGCCAGCAAAGACCUGGCCGGCACUUCCCACUCAAAAUUUAAAACGGGGAGAAAGUGGGUCCGUUUUCAAUACAUAUGGCGUGACUGUCGCUGACACAGACCUGCAGAAGCUUCGCCCCAACCUGACAGGCCCAUCUAGGUACUUCCUAGUUCUCAAGCUCUUGAAUUUUCAUCCUUUACAACUGCGUACACGCCCCCUCUGCUGCAAAGACAGUUUCGGUUCCUAACGAAGGCAGUUUCUCAACAGCCACUCAUUACCAAGAAAAAUUUGCCAAAUAAAAUAAGUCCCUGUAGAGACACUGGUUUGGGCCUGGGAAUUCCAGGAGGAAGAAUCGAAUUGCCACUCCUUAAGGACACGGAGGGGACUCCCGUUUCCCAGAAAUUUGUCGAUGGUGAAGUGCUGGUGGUGAUUUAGAAAGAGGGUUAUCCUCGUUUUGAAAAGAUCUCCCAGGGUCUUGGACUGAAAGCUGGGAGCCAGUGAAGUGACUUGGAAGCCAUGGAAGUAUCCGAAAAAAAGGAGAUCAGUGUUGAAGAUGAAGCUGUGGAUAAAAACAUUUUCAAAGACUGCAGCAAUAUUGCUUUCUACAGGCGUCAGAAACAGCAGCUCUCCAAGAAGUCCACCUAUCGGGCAUUCCUAGACUCAGUCACAACAGGCAAAGAUAGUACCAAGUUCCAAAUCAUCAAUGAAGCAACUAAGGUUCCUCUUUUGGUUGAAGUUUUUGGUAUAGAGGGAAAUAUUUUCAGGCUUAAAAUCAAUGAAGAAACUCCCCUGAAGCCCAGGUAUGAAGUUCCGGAUGUCCUCACAAGCAAGCCAAGUACUAUAAGGCUGACUUCUUGCUCAGGGGAUACAGGCAGUCUGGUAUUGGCAGAUGGAAAAGGAGAUCUGAAGUGUCAUAUCACGGCAAACCCAUUCAAGAUAGACUUGGUAUCUGAAGAAGAGGUUGUGAUGAGCAUAAACUCCCUGGGCCAGUUGUACUUUGAGCAUCUGCAGAUUCCUCUCAAGCAAAGAGCUACCAGAGAAAAGGAGGAGCAUGCAUCAGUUGACACCUCUCAGGAAAAUCAAGAAGAUCUGGGCCUGUGGGAGGAGACAUUCAGAAACUUUGUGGAUGUCAAAGUUAACGGUCCUGCCUCCAUUGGUUUGGAUUUCUCGUUGCAUGGAUUUGAGCAUCUCUAUGGGAUUCCGCAACAUGCAGAAUCACACCAACUUAAAAAUACUGGUGAUAAAGAUGCUUACCGUCUUUAUAACCUGGAUGUCUAUGGAUAUAAAAUACAUGACAAAAAUGGCAUUUAUGGUUCAGUGCCUUAUCUCUUAGCCCACAGACUGGGCAGGACUUUAGGCAUUUUUUGGCUGAAUUCCUCAGAAACACUGGUGGAGAUCAAUACAGAGCCUGCAGUAAAGUACACACUGACCCAGAUGGGCCCAGUUGCUGCUGAACAAAAGGGUAGAUCUCGAACUGAUGUUCAUUGGAUGUCAGAGAGUGGAAUCAUUGAUGUUUUUCUGCUGACUGGCCCUACACCUUCUGAUGUCUUCAAGCAGUACUCAUCCCUUACAGGCACUCAAGCCAUGCCCCCUCUCUUCUCCUUGGGGUACCAUCAGUGCCGCUGGAACUAUGAAGAUGAGCAGGAUGUAAAAGCAGUGGAUGCAGGAUUUGACAAACAUGACAUUCCUUAUGACGUCAUUUGGCUGGACAUAGAGCACACCGAGGGCAAAAGGUACUUCACCUGGGACAAGAAAAAAUUCCCAGACCCAAAGAGGAUGCAAGAGUUGCUCCGAAACAAAAAACGUAAGCUCGUGGUCAUCAGUGACCCCCACAUCAAGAUCGAUCCUGACUACUCAGUGUAUGCUAAGGCCAAAGAACAGGGCUUCUUUGUGAGGAAUCAUGAUGGGGGAGACUUUGCAGGGGUAUGCUGGCCAGGUCUCUCCUCUUACCUGGAUUUCACCAAUCCCAAGGUCAGAGAGUGGUAUUCGGGCCUUUUUGCUUUCUCUGUUUAUCAGGGAUCUACUGACAUCCUCUACCUAUGGAAUGACAUGAAUGAGCCCUCCGUCUUUAGAGGUCCAGAGCAAACCAUGCAGAAGAAUGCCAUUCAUCAUGGCAACUGGGAGCACAGAGAACUUCACAACAUAUAUGGUUUUUAUCAGCAAAAGGCUACUACAGAAGGACUGAUACAACGAUCUAAGGGAAAGGAGAGACCCUUUGUUCUUACACGUUCUUUCUUUGCUGGAUCACAAAACUAUGGCGCUGUGUGGACAGGCGACAACAGAGCGAAAUGGAGUUACCUGAAGAUUUCUGUGCCUAUGUUACUCACUCUCAGCAUCACCGGGAUCUCUUUUUGUGGAGCUGAUGUCGGCGGCUUCAUCGGGGAUCCAGAGGCAGAGCUGCUAGUACGUUGGUACCAGGCCGGAGCCUACCAGCCCUUCUUUCGUGGCCACUCCACCAUAAACAGCAAGCGACGGGAGCCCUGGCUCUUUGGGAAGGAGCACACCCGGCUCAUCAGAGAAGCCGUCAGAGAGCGUUACGCCCUCCUGCCCUACUGGUACUUGCUGUUCUACCGCGUGCAUGUGACUUCUGAGCCCGUCAUGAGGCCUCUGUGGGUAGAGUUCCCUGAUGAAUUAGAGACUUUUGGUGUGGAAGAUGAAUACAUGCUGGGAAGUGCUUUAUUGGUUCAUCCAGUUACAGAGCCAAAAGCUACUGUGGUUGAUGUGUUUCUCCCUGGAUCAAAUGAGGUCUGGUAUGAUUCUAAGACAUUUGCUUCUUGGGAAGGAGCAUGUACUGUGAAGAUCCCAGUAGCCUUGGACACUAUACCGGUGUUUCAACGAGGUGGAAGUGUGGUGCCUAUAAAGACAACUAUAGGAAAAUCCACAGGCUGGAUGACCGAUUCCCCGUAUGGACUCCGGGUGGCUCUAAGCACUAAGGGUUCUGCUGUGGGUGAAUUGUAUCUGGAUGAUGGCCAUUCAUUCCAGUACCUCCACCAGAAGCAAUUCCUACACAGGAAGUUUUGUUUUUGUUCAGGUGUUUUGACCAACAGUUGUGCUGAUGAGAGGGGUCAUUAUCCCAGCAAGUGUGUGGUGGAGCAGAUCUUCAUCCUAGGUCUCAAGAAGCAGCCAUCUUCUGUGACCACCCACUCAUCUGAAAGUAAAGAUCAGCCUGUGGCUUUUACAUAUUGUGCCAGAACAUCCACCCUGAGCCUGGAGAAGCUCUCACUGAACAUUGGAACUGACUGGGAGGUCCACAUUAAGUGACAGAGAAGUGCAUCUGGUGAUGAGUACCGGGAGCGGCCUGUACCCUUCAACCUUUCCCUUGGCGUUUUUUGAGAUUUGUGCUGUGUACUAAUUGACUACUCUGGCUCAAAAAAUCUUCCAUUAGUCAUCAGUUUACUAAUGAAUGAUAUAUGUUAGUUUUUACAUUUUUAGAUGUAUUAGUAAUACUCCUUUAGAUGUAUUAGUAAUACUCAAGCACCACCUCUUCUGGAUGCAGGGAGCCCUGAAACAUUUAUAAAGUUUCUUAUUUUCCAUUGCUUCUUAGGCUGUGGCCCUGUGGUUAGCACCGCAGGCCAGUAAGUGGCUUCUCUUUGAGCAUGGCAGGGUGGGUGUGUUUCAUGUGAGAUGUGGGCCAUGCCCACUGACUGUGGCCCAUCUGUGGAAGGUUGCCUCUGGCAAAGUCACUCUGGCUAUAGCAGCUGAGUUGCUCAAGGCCUAUUUCCAAGUGAACAGCAGCCUUUGGCACCCCCCACAGUUAUCUUUCACCCCCUUAGACAUGGGCAAAACAAUCCUUUUCUGCUUGCACUGCAUACACUGCAGCAACAGGGAGUUUUUCUCCCUAGACAUUGAUUCAGGAGUACAAAGGUUCUUUUUUCUGUUGUGCUUUUUGGCCUCUAAAGUUCCAAAUUAAUCUUCUUAAAAUUCUAAUUUCUUUAUAUUAAUUGUUUUUAUUAAAUACUGUCUACUAAGCAAAGAAUAUUUGUACCAUGGAUACAAUAUAAUUAAUAAUAAUUAAUUAUAUAAUUAAUAAUAAGCUAUAAUUAAUCAUAAUAAAAUAGCCCGGCCGAGCGUGA